GAACACCGCGCAGCCUGAAUCGAGGACAUGGGACCUUGAAAGUAUGGCGGAUGCCGAGGAGCCGGAGAAGAAAAGAAGGCGAUUUGAGGACCUGACUGAGAAGUUAGUGACGAAUGCUAAAUAAAGAAUGGCUGUUGACAGUGGACACAGAGAUAGCGGCUGCGACUGGGAGGGUCGCUGGAAUCAUGUGAAGAAGUUUUUGGAGAGGCCGGGUCCCUUCACCCAUCCUGACUUUGAGCCUAGCACCGAGUCUCUGCAGUUUUUAUUGGAGACUUGUAAGAUUCUAGUCAUUGGUGCAGGAGGACUUGGAUGUGAACUUCUUAAAAAUCUGGCUCUGUCAGGGUUUCGCCUUAUUCAUGUGGUAGACAUGGAUACCAUUGAUGUGUCAAAUCUCAACAGGCAAUUUCUUUUCAGGCCCAAAGACGUUGGAAGACCAAAGGCACAUGUGGCUGCUGAUUUCAUCAACAGUCGUAUCGCAGGGUGUAAAGUCGUCCCUCACUUUAAAAAGAUUCAAGACUUUAAUGAUUCCUUCUACAGGCAGUUUCACAUCAUUGUCUGUGGACUUGACUCCAUUAUUGCAAGACGCUGGAUAAAUGGAAUGCUGAUAUCGCUCUUGAGCUAUGAUGAAGGAGUCCUGGAUCCUAGCUCCAUCAUCCCCCUCAUUGAUGGGGGGACAGAGGGCUUUAAAGGAAAUGCCCGCGUCAUCCUGCCUGGCAUGACGGCCUGUAUUGAUUGCACUCUGGAGCUUUACCCACCACAGAUAAAUUUCCCCAUGUGUACGAUUGCAUCCAUGCCGAGGCUACCUGAACACUGCAUUGAAUACGUCAGAAUCUUACAGUGGCCCAAAGAUGGACCUUUUGGAGACACGAGUUUAGACGGAGACAAUCCAGAACACAUCCAGUGGGUGUUUGAAAGAUCCCAGGAAAGGGCAGCAGAGUUUAGCAUCACAGGAGUUACCUACAGACUCACGCAAGGAGUUGUGAAGAGGAUUAUUCCUGCUGUGGCAUCAACUAACGCUGUAAUCGCUGCUGCCUGUGCAACAGAGGUCUUUAAAAUCGCUACAAGUGCAUAUAUUCCCUUGAAUAACUACCUGGUCUUUAAUGACGUGGAUGGACUAUACACCUACACCUUUGAAGCUGAAAGAAAGGAAAAUUGUACAGCAUGCAGUCAGGUACCUCAGGACCUCCAGUUCCCUCCCUCUGCCAAAUUACAGGAGGUUUUAGAGUACCUGACGGAGACGGCCUCCUUACAAAUGAAAUCACCUGCCAUCACAACAACACUCGAAGGAAAGAACAAGACCUUGUAUCUGCAGUCUGUAAAAUCCAUUGAAGAACGAACAAGACCAAACCUCUGCAAAACUUUAAAAGAACUGGGCUUGUCAGACGGUCAGGAAAUAGCUGUUGCUGAUGUCACCACCCCCCAAACGGUUCUGUUCAAGCUCAACUUCACCGCUUAAGCAAAGAACAGAUUAAAGUACUAUGAUGCAUCUGAAAGUGAACUGGAUGUUUAAUCAUGGCUGUUGCACAUUUUACAUUAGGAUGUAAUUAAGGCGAGUAGGUUUUCAAUUUGAAACAUUUAUUUUGUUGUUUGAACAUUAAAUCAGAUGUUUUUGUAAAACUGUUUACUUCUAUUUGUCAUGUUUAGAGUCGAAUUGUAUCUAUUGUCUGUCAUUCGAAUAAUCAUGUACGUAACCUCCAUCCUAAUAAAGUUUUAUC